UACGAGUGCCAGACCCGUUACAUUCAUUCCGAAUCAUUCGUAUCAUGUCGGCCGACCCAUAUCAUGAAGUCCAGCGGGAGAUCCAAUCUUCGCUUCAGACAGCAUCGACAUUACGCUCUUCGUUCUUGCGAAUCCGCAGCCUCGCUCGGGAUGGGAGUGAAGAGCUUGUGUUGGCCCGAAAUGAAUUGGAGGCCACGCUUGCUGCUCUAUACACAGACUUGGAGGAUUUAGAAGAGAGCGUCAAGAUGGUGGAGGACACGGGUCCUAGAUAUUUUGGACUGGAUGAUGCAGAGGUCUCUGAACGGCGGAAAUAUGUGAGUUACGUACGUCGUGAAAUUGAGGGUAUGAGGGCGGACGUCGAAGGACGAAAUUUACCGUCUGCAGGGAAAUCACCGUCUACUUCCCUUCAGUCACAAUCAUCGUUGCCCAGUGGUUCACGGUCACCCCUACAACCAGUACCUGGCUCGCAGUCAGGAGAGCCCAAUGACGACCAGGCAAAAUGGGCUCAUGAAGAACAACAAUUAUUACUUCAGGAACAGGAUCGCGCCAUGGAUUCAAUAUCAGGGACUUUGAAUACCCUAGCUCAACAAGCAGGUCUGAUGGGGCAUGAGAUUGGGGAGCAUGUCGAAAUGCUUGACGACCUUGAGGCAAAUGUUGACAGGACAGAUUCCAAGCUAUCAAAUGCGAUGCGAAGAAUGAAGAAAUUUGUACGAGACACGGAAGAAACGAAGUCGGGAUGGUGUAUAACUAUCCUUAUAAUUGUGCUACUUGCUUUAUUGUUGGCGGUUAUUCUCGUGUAAGAGCCGCGGGAUUUCUGCACGAUACCUAGGUCUAAUUUUUCUGAUCACAUCACCGCGGCAUCCUUGCUCGCGUGAGUGCAACACAAACACUUGUGAUUGAUACGAAGUGAGCCAAAGGUUCUAUCAGCAAGAAGGUGAGGCUUGGGGCGAAAGUGCCGGCCCUCAAGGAGCGAACCUGG